AUGAAGCACGCGGUCUCUUGGUUGUCGCUGUUGGCGACUGUCUUCGGUUUGGUGACAACAAAUGACGGCAGUUUAAUAAACAGAGCCCCCGCACUGCCGGCAGAACAAGAGGAUGGAUUGACUGUCACAGUAGGAGUUGGGGUCACACUUUGGCUUGGUGAUGGCGAGUCUUGCACCGCUGAAACUAUCACGGAGACUUCGACGCAGACGGGAAAUGUCUCUCCAGGUGCCACGACAAUUACUAUCACCGAGGCUACCACCAAGACUAUAAGUGGUUGUCGAAGCGGCCCUACUCUGGGUGUCAUUGCCGAUGUUGGCAUUGGACCGGUGGAUGUUUCUGCAAAUGCCGCCGUAGCACUACCCGGACAUGGACCUAUAAAAACGGUCACAGAUUACACGACCCUUACCAGGACAUCGUGCUCAUGCACAGAUGACUCAACUGUCACGCCGACCACCUCCACCGUACCUUCGACAACGACCUCCAGCGUACCUGUGACAACCACCUCGAGCGAGCCUGGGACAACCACCUCGAGCGUACCCGGGUCAACUAGCUCAACCGUGCCUGGGACUACCAGCUCAAGUGUACCCCCCACAACCACCUCCAGCUCACCUGAGACAACCACCCCAACGACGUCGAUGACCAGUGAUGAUUCCACUACCACUCCCACAGAGACGCCGACUCCAACAACCACUACAGUGACAACCAGAACCACUUCCAGCUCCGAAAGUGUUACCACCGUUCCAGUGUCCACAACAUCCGUAACUACUACCGGUGAUUCAACUGUCACUAUCCCCAAUACCACUGUCACUUUACCGGGAACAACAAUUCCAGGAACCACUGUCACGACAGUCAUUACUGAGCCUGCCACCACCGUGACUAUAUCGGAUGGUAGUAGCACUUUGCCUGGAUCAACCCUUACGACAACUGUCACGGGCCCUGGAAGUACAGUAACUGUCGGUGAAUCAACAACCAUUACCGACACUGUCACUAUCCCAGACUCACAAACAACCAAAACGGUCCCUCCAUCUAGUACAGUCACUGUUACCGGGCCUGGUACCACAUCAACCCAGACGUCUAGCAGCACCACGACGGUAUCUGCUUCUGUAUGCUCCAGCCUUAUCAGCAACCCAUCCUACACACCCCCCGCCCUGUUGCCAGACGACUAUACCUGGGGCUGUGCACCCGGGUAUCUCUGUAAGCCACGUCACACAGGCGACCGUUCGGAAUGCAAUGUCGAAGCAGGUCUCCCUGACCCCGGAUACGUCUGCAGCCCGUCAGACUGCAUUGUGGCUCCGCCCUUAGACGUUCAUCCGUCUUGGCAGUACAAUGUCUCCAAAAUUUAUUACAAUCUCAACCCGGAGGACUUCGGUCUCAAUUACUCUAUCUUCCAGUCCUCAGAAGAUCCAGUUGCAGCGAGCAGUAAGCGCGACAUGUCCUUAUGGGACUUCACUGUCGCCCAAAAGAUGAAAAGGGCCGACAUAACGAAUAUCCCUACUGUUUGUUUCAAUGAUUGCAAUGAUGCUGCAUUUGAGCCACAAUUGCUCGGAAAGACGCCUGAGCUUUGCGAGAGUGACUCGGCGUUCAUGGAAAACCUGAAUGUUUGCGAGCAAUGCAUUACCAACAACGCUGAAUCCGACUCUAACCAAUAUUCAUCCCAAAUGUUGCCGACUUUUGCACAGUGGCUGAAUUUCUGCUCCGACAUGGUCACUUCCACAACAGGAGAAAGUGCCACCAGCACUGAAAUGGAGACUACGGCGACAAGCACCCAGAUCACCACUACUACCAGCACGGAAGCAUCGACAGCAGCCACAACGACGAGCACCACGAGUACUCACGCUAGCACCACUAAAGCUAGCAGCACCGAAACCAUCAGCACUGAAGCCACGAGCACUACCACCACUGGGACCGAGGAAAGAUCCAGCCCAGUAGAGACAACUCAGCCAGUCACUCCCAUCACAAUCACAACUUCAGGCUCCCUCGUGACAAGCUCAGUACCUGGAUCAAUUGCGACGACAUCAGUAUCCGGCGUGCUUAUUACGACAUCAUUGCCCAGUUCAAUCAAGACCGUGUCAAGUACUCAGGGCACAGGAGGUGGCGAUGAGAACACAUCUGACAAUGCUCCCGGUAUUCCAUCAAGCUCGGUUCAUGUAAGUCCGACUAGUUCAGCAACUCCCUCUACAUCUUCUCCGGCCUUCAAUGCGGCAGGGUCUAUAAGUAUCCCUCAUAUUGGGUUAAUGGGUCUUUUGUGGGCUGCUUUCGCGCCACUUCUUUAG